GACCGGUCAUGGCGGUGGCGGCGCGGGCGCUCACGCUGCCGGCAGUGGUGGAGGAGCUGCUGAGCGAGAUGGCGGCGGCGGCGCGGGACGGCGCGCCGAAGGAUGCUCUGUGACCAGGUUCCCGCAUCCCUGGGCGUUCGCAGCACACACCGGUAUUGAGAGGGUCCCGAUCGAAGUGCAUCUGCAUGAGAACUGCGCAACCAGCGUCCGAAUGGUCAUUGAAUAAAUAGAUUAGACCUCAGAACUGCCCCUGCUGGUUCACUUGGAUGGCUUUUGUUUGAAAAGGACCGCACUUUGAAAAGGAUUUAUCUUGAGUUACUGUUUUUAAAGAAUUGAGAAAAGGAAGCCAACUUUUCUCAUUUCAGUUAAAACUAAAGCAGUAUAUGUGCUUAAAAGAUUAGGCCAGCCAGGUAUUCAAACAUGUUCUGAUCCCAGAAAGGGUGGGGGGAAAGCCAGUCUGUUGUCAGCUCAAACAGUGGUUGCCCGAGAUGGGCUCUGUGUCUGAAUGGAUUAAUCCAUACACUGAGAGUCUUGAAGGGGGCCUGCAGGUGCCCCUGAUGCUCAGGACUCAGAGCGACCACUACCACUGACUCACGUUUAUUUUCAGCAGAACCGUUUUCUGCUAUUUAAAAAUCUUUGUUCUAGUUAGUCAUACACUCUUCCUGACCCCCCACCCUUCAACGAUAAUUUCUUUAGGUCAAUACUGAGUUUACACUUGUGAUGACGUAAAAUGGAGUCACAGCUGAGCCAUGCAGGAAGCUAGGAUUACGUUUCCUUUCCUGUAACUUUCUGCUUUCUCUCAAAGCUGUCAUACUUGUGUUUGUUUACUUUUUUAUGUAUCCCUGAUUCAACCUCAAACUCUUUUUUUACCAGUGUUCUAAAUCGCUACUCAAGAUGUUCAGGUGAAUGAGAUGUUUUAUCAGUUUCAUGUUCCUGCAGGAGUCUCUCCUAGAGCCUUCAGUUCCUGAUGAGCAUCUGUUAUCGCUGAAGUUUGUCUUUGGCUCAUCAGCCGUCCAGGCCUUGGACCUCGUUGAUCGCCAGUCCGUCACCUUAAUCUCAUCACCCAGUGGGAGGCGUGUUUACCAGGUACUUGGGAGUUCCGGUAGAACAUACGUGUGUUUGGCCUCUUGUCAUUACUGUUCGUGUCCGGCAUUUGCCUUCUCAGUGCUGCGGAAGGGUGACAGCCUCCUGUGCAAGCACCUCUUGGCAGUUUAUCUUAGUCAGGUUAUGAGGACCUGUCAGCAGCUGAGCGUCUCUGACAAGCAACUGACUGAUGUAUUAUUGAUGGAAAAGACACAAGAAGCAUCAUAAAUGGCGCAGAUGGAGCAUCACACUGUCCUUCAACACACGCGUGAUUCACGCGGCCGAGACGUGAACCAGACUUCCUGUCGCUGUCCCUUCCCCGUGGGCUGCAGGAGGCAUUGUGGGUUGGGCCCAGGAUGUGCGUAUGGUUUGAAGCCCUCGUGAAAAGUCUGGACCAGCCUCCAAGCCCCUUGGGUAGAAAAUUUCCAGAUGGAAUCACGUGUUUUAGACUCCAAAGCCUAACAUCAUGUCAUGGUCAUAAUUAGAUUCUUAAGUGACCAGAGUACUAGUCAUUUCUAAGAGGUUGGAACGGUAGGUGAAACAGCAAGCUGAAGUUUAUAGAUAAAUAAGCAUCAGUUCUUUUCUUGGGUCCAGAAAAUUUUUCUGCAGUAAAAGGUUAGAGCGGAGAUGUGGCUAAAUGGCAGCAAAGACAAAAAGACAUCAGGGUUCUGGUUUCAGUGAGCUGCAGAAUCUGCGGUGUUGAGGCCAAAACGGCUGAUUAAAUAGGCUGUGUUGUGAGACAUGUAGUCAGUACCUAGGACAAGGAAGUGCCGGUUUGCUCUGCGUGCACUUCUGAGCUGUGUAACGAGCCAGACGAAGGAAGCUGAAGACGCUGCUGGGGAUUUCCAGUCUGAGGAAGAAAAGGCUGAGAGCUUCCCAAGAGGAUGCUGGGAGGGAGAUCAACGGGACGCAUCCGGACCCCAAGAGAGAGCAAAGGAGCAAUGGCGGAUGAAAAGGAACACGAGACAGAUUUCGGCACAGGACAGGAACUUUUCAUGGGGAAGGCUGUCCACAGCUGGAACAGGGUCCUAGAAGGACAGGCUCUCCGUCUCUCUAGGGGUUCGUGAGCCUGCAACACGCGCGCAGGGUUACUGCGGAAGGAAUCGAGUCAGCGACCAGACAGGUGAAAUAGAUGGUUUUGCAGCCUCGGACAGCCCCCAGCCCUGUGCCCCGCAAUAUGAGGUGCUAAUGAACGACUGUGGGGAAGGCCGCAGAUGGCGCAGGGCUCUGUGGUGGCAGAGCCUUCUCUUAGGUCGAGGUGUGGCGAAUAAAACCUAUCAAGACUGUGCUACUUGGCAAA